AGCCGGCGCUGAUCAACAAGUACCUCUUCCUCGACUACACCAACAAGACUGCAGGAUGGAUAGAUGCCCCUAGCUGUGGAGCUGAGCCCCUGCUGCCGCCGCCCUCCCCUCCAACACCAUCCCCACCUGUUUCCAAAACAGCCACUCGCUCUCUCUCCUCGCUGCCACCAGCACUCUCAGCUGCCCUUGUUCUUGCCACCUCCGCCGCCCUGCUUGCUCUCAGCCUCCUCCUAGCCCGGCCCCUCCCACUGUCGCGCCCUCCCCCUGCCCGUCGCGUCGCCCCCCCUCCCCUUCCCCUGCCCGUCGCGUCGCCUCCUCUCCCCCUGCCCGUCGCGUCGCCUCCCCCCCCCCUGCCCGUCGCGUUCGCCUCCCCUUCCCCUGCCCGUCGCGUCGCCUCCCUUCCCCCUGCCCGUCGCGUCGCCUCCCCUCCUCCUGCCCGUCGCGUUCGCCUCCCCUUCCCUUGCCCGUCGCGUCGCCUCCCUUCCCCCUGCCCGUCGCGUCGCCUCCCCUCCUCCUGCCCGUCGCGUUCGCCUCCCCUUCCCCUGCCCGUCGCGUCGCCUCCCUUCCCCCUGCCCGUCGCGUCGCCUCCCCUCCUCUUGCCCGUCGCGUUCGCCUCCCCUUCCCCUGCCCGUCGCGUCGCCUCCCUUCCCCCUGCCCGUCGCGUCGCCCUCCCCUCCCCGCCCCUUCCCACCGUCGACAACCUCCUCCCCGCCCCUGUCCUACCGUCGCGCCCGUACCCUCAGACGUAG